CGUGACUUGGCGUAGUCUUCCUGAACCACUGGGCGCGUCAUUGAACAUUUCGCAGGCGCGUGCACCGCGCAGUGACUGCACCUUCAUCUCCCCACAAUUUGUGCACACCACCACGACGGCACGUGAAACACGCAGCAUAAACAGCGACAGCGCCGAAUCCAACAUACCCCGGGCGCCCGUUUACCGAACGAUAGUCGGCGCAUUCAUGGACGCCUUCGAGAAGACGUCGCGCGACCCUUGACCGCUGUUUGUUCUGCCGUGAACGCGCCAUCGGCACCUCCGCUUCGCCGCAGAGCGCACCCCUCCGUCUGCCUCUGCCCCACACUUUGCUGUGCCCUGUCAGUGCAUCUCGUGCCUGUCCAUCUACCCAGAAUGCCCUCCGAGGCGCCAGAGCCCGUGGUGCUGGACGAUGCGCCUCCCGUCGAGCAUCACGAGGAGUCUGGCGCAUCUGAUGACGAUGCAGGGGAGAGCGAAGCCGAGGCGCCAGUCGACCUCAUGGUCACUUCUCGAGCCAGACGGUCAAAUGCCGGAAACCGCAUGUCGACGCUGCUCGCCAAGCAGGCCGAAGAAGAGGAGUGGGGCGAAGAAUGGGAAGAGGUUGCAAACGAGGAGGAGUUCAGGGGCGGCGAUGUGAACGAGCAAGAGGACUACAACAUGGACUCGUCGUCGUCAGAAGAAGAUAACGAUACUGCAGACGACGACGAUGCGGGCGAGAAGGAACUGCGCAAAGCCGAGCGACAGGAACGUACCAAGAAGCGCAAAACAGCCACGAACCCUUUCGCUGCACGUCUCGCUACCGCUGCACGCAAGAAAGUCAGAAUCGGCCCCACACCAACUGAGUCCACGCCGUCUGCGCCAGCGCGACCGAAAAAAAAGUCCGAGAGGGCAUCAUGGAUACCCACAGAAGAGGACGGACCGAUACGAACCUCAUCAAGGAAACAGACAGUGGCGAACAAGGAAAGCACGUUGGCAAAGCUGCAAGAGAAGGACAGGCGGCGAGACGACACCCUGGCUAUGAUGAAAGCUGCCGAGGCCCGCAAGAAGAAGCAGGAGGCACCACCUUUGACGCAGGCGGAACGCCUAGCUGAAGCUGCGCGACAAGAGAGAAUCAACAAGAAGACGCUGCAUAGAUGGGAGGAGGCCGAGGAGGCACGAGCUGCUGAGCGGCAGGCCAAGAUCGAUGCGUUGAAAAACCGCCAGAUCGAUGGCCCAUUCAUCCGAUACUACAGUGGGCCCGCAAUUUAUGUGGACGACAAGCUCAAGUAUACAGGGAAGGAUGCACCCACGCUCGAGCACCUAGAGGAGAAGCUCAACAAGGAGCCUUCAGCGGCAGCAGAAACACAAGUCGCACAGCCUGACUCCGCUGAGCAGACAACCACCGCAGCCGCCGAGCCACAGACGCCACACGAUGAAAGCACGGGACCGCAGCUACCGCCUACGAGUUCCCCAGAAAUGUUUUCGAUGCCCACUUCUCAGUCGUUCCAGCAAGACACACAGACCCCAUGGGCUGCUGGCUCUCAAGGUGCCAAUGGAGACGUCUUCAUGGGUGGUGAUGUGUUCAUGGGCUCUUCCCAUGGCCUGUCGUCGUACAACAGCGACAACAACCACAACAUCGCGUUUGCACCGCCACAGAACCAAGAUUCGUUCCUAUAUGGCUUAGACCAAUAUAUAACGGGCCAAAAUCAACGAGGCCAGCCCUCUUCGUCCGAAUUCCCUCCAAACCCCUUCUCUCAACCGCAGUCCCAGCCACAGUACACAACAUCGUUCUCUCCACAUCCUUCGCUGAGCGACCCCCUCCUCACCCAGGGAACCAACAACGUCGGCCAACAAGCCCUCCUCUCACAAUUCCAACGGCCCAGCCUGCCCCCUCAGCCACCACGCCGCAAAAUAAUCAGGCGAGCAAUGCGGAACCUCCUUAUCCUCUCUUCCUUCCCGAACCUCGACGCCCCGCCAACAUCCUCACGCGCACGCACCGCCGCGUCGAUGCUGAAGGACAAGGACCGCUCAGCGCUCAUCCAGCUGUGCAAAACCCUGUUCAACUGGAGUGAGCAAGACGCCACGCUGUUCGUGAGCAACAUGCUCCUCGGCCAGGCAGCCAAGACACAGAAAGCGAAGGAGGCACAUGACGCCUCGCUCCGGCCGACGAAGCAGCUCUGCGCCGUCACCAACGCCGUGGCGCGCUACCGGGAUCCAGAAACAGGCAUUGCAUAUCGCGACGCGCGGGCCUUCGGCGUGCUGAGAGGCGUCGUCGGCGGCGGAUUUGUAUGGAGCGGCGAUCUGGGGUGUUACGUCGGCGGGCGAGCGAAGCCGCUGGAGAGCAUGGGCGGGAAGGGAUUCCUGGGCAUGCCGCCCGCGGCGGGCGUGCCGAGGCGGUUCCUCGAGAUGAGUAAGGUGAGCGCUCCUGCGCCGGUGCAGAUGCCCGUCACGCCGGCUCCGGUCAUACCUGUGGGAACGACCACUGCGGCGCCUGUAGGUGGUGCUAUUAAGAAAGAGACACCUGCUCCAGCGGCUUGAGCGAUGCGCAGAUACUGUAGACUCUUCUGUACAACACCGUUCAAAGAACAAGACAUUACAUAGACCUAAUCCAGCUUCCA